AUGAGCACCUCAGAGAUAGUAGUAACGAAACGACUACACGUCUCAGGUCUCACACCUCAAAUCACAGCUGACGACCUCAAAAAACGAUUUUCGUCUUUCGGGAGUGUCAAAGCUCUUGAUGGACUCGGUAAACUCGACGCUCUGGGACAAAAUAGACCUUUUGCCUAUGUCACGCUUGAGACGACAAAGACGCAGUUCGCAAAGUGUCUGAAUCUUUUGAGCGGUACGACUUGGAAAGGCGCCAAGUUGCGAAUCGGAGAGGCAAAGCCUGAUUUCAAAGAACGCAUUAUAAAAGAGAAUGACAUCGCCAACAAGGAGGACGGCACCUCACCAAGGAAGAAACGUCGCCUCACUCGAGGCAGUCAAGGCAUCCAUGCCUCCGACAUGUCCCUCGUCACUCGCUCGUCCCUCCGUCCAGGCUGGCGUCUCACACCACUCGGUCGACUCGUCUGUCCUAUGCGUAUGAGACCUCUCCAUCCACUCUCCACUUCACUUUCCUCAGGUGCGCAAAACAAACUCGCACUUGCGACGAUGAAGAAGAGAAAGAAGAAGAAAAAGGAGUUACUCGUACGUGCCCGAAAAAGGCUUAUCAACCCUGAAGACUGGGGGAGCACAUAUUUGAGCGGGUUGAUGCUUGCGAGAACUAGCGGGAGUGGUGUUAUCUUACCGGAAAAGCCUGUUACAAAAGCGCAAGAGGAGGUACACGUAGGUGAGUCACCAGCGAUUGUUGUUGACGGUUGGACGAUUGCAGCACAAUCUGUUGCGAUAUCCGACCAUCAACUAUCUCAAUUGCCAUCUACGCCUCGCUCUGUAUUGCCAGCUUCGGAUGCAUCACCAGCAAUCUUGCAUCCUAUCGCUGUUAAUUCCGACGUCGAACCGCCUCCAUCUCCUCGAGAAUCCCAGCCUCGGAUAGACCUAGCGCAAGAAACCGCCCAAUCCCUUGCAUUGCUGUCUUCUCUCUUCGAUUCCGGACGCGUACGUACAGAGGAUCAAGCAGGUAGCAAAGAUUACGACAGCAAUGAUAACUGGGGCGGGGCGGAGAGCCUUAGCGAUUUGGACAUUAGCAUGCGGGAGCCAUCAGCGCUUCACCCUCCCGCGACCCACCAGGACAUGGACGAUGAUAUCGAGUUCGUUCCACGUCAAGGCACGUCAAGGCCCACGAAAUCAAAUGAUAAGCGCGCAAGGAAUGCUGAGAUGGAGAAUGUAGAUGUAGAAGCGCCCAGACUUACAAAAGAUUCUCCAGUUCGAGAAGUUCAACAAGAAGCGCCGAAACCUCAAUCGAAAGCACAGGCGCAAGCGCAAGUACAAAUAACGAAGCUGAAAGAUAUGUUCGCUCCUCGUCCCGAAGACGCUGGCUUCUCCAUCCUAGGAAACCUCGACCUAGAGCUAGAGCUAGACGAAGAAGGUCUUCCAGAAAUCUCGGCUCCACUCCCUCCCGUUCCUCUCCCCGAGUCCACCGCACAUCAACAACCAGCACAUACCACCUCUACCUCACGUCACCCAACAUUCACCUACGACCCUACCCGCCCAUUCUUCUUCCCUCACUCUCUCCUCCCUCACUCUCAAUCCUCUCUUCAACUGAAUUCAAACGACCCUCGCGAUAUCUUCUCCAAACCCCUCACUUUCUUCCGUACCGCAAACUCAGAAGAGAUCCGCACAAGGUGGGAAACGCGGAAAGUCCAGUUGACGCGUGAUUGGAAGAGGAGACAUCGGGAGGCUGUGAAGAGUGUUAGACGCAGGGGAGGAGGUGGUGGAGGUGAUGAUACAUUUUGCGAUGUAAUACGACACGUAUGGACAUCUACUCCUGAGGGAUCGUUGAAGGCGGCAGAAAGUCAUCCUACGAUGAUGAAUGUGCUGUUGUCAACUACCUACUCGGAGAAACGUGUAGAUCUUGUCGUGUCUAUUUGGCCGAAGAAGGGAAAAAAAGCAAAUAGAAUAAAGGGAGAAAAUGCCGAUAGUGAAGAAAUAAAGUUUACACACUGUCAAAAUGUAUGCAAAAUGAUUCGACGUGCCGGCGCGAAGGGACCGGAAUCAGGGAUGCUUUCCGCUAAAAUUGACUUGGUACCUGUGGAGUUGCUAGUGAAUAGUGGUCGUCCCGUCACCAAAGUUGGUGCAGUUGAGACUAUGGACGAGGAUGAUAUUGGCACUUCUAUUUUGAUUCGGGGGUGUUCUUUCGAGACCUCCACGUUUCUAGCAACCAAGGAACACGUCGAAGGGUGUGAACUUACGGAGGAGGAGGACGAUUUGGACAAGAGCUUCUCGUUCUCGGGUAUGGAGAUUGUGCUAUCCAACUUCUGCGCAAGAGUGUCCUCUACUCAAGAACUCCUCCAGUCUUCCACUCAACGUAUCUCGCGUAGGCACAAUUCUUAA